AUGGUAGAGGUGUCACUUACAGUGGGUAAAUUGGAUGCUUCUUUGGCACUUUUACUUACAAAAGAUCACCAUUUGAUUGAGUUCCCAACAAUCUUGUUACCAAAUGGAGUUAGGGCCGGAUCAAUUGUCAAGUUGAAAUGUGAACAAGACCAUGAUAGUGAAAAAGAAGAAGAUGCAAAAUUUCAUAAUAUUCAAGAUGAAAUCUAUCAAAGUUUUGCUACCCAUCCACCAAAAGCUCCAGUUUUACAAAUUAAAAACACAACCCAAACUUCAUGUGUUUUGGAAUGGGAUGCAUUGGAUUUAGGAACUUCCAACUUGAAAAAUUUAAUAUUGUUCAAGGACGGUAAGAAAUUAGGUUCAAUUCCACAACCAAUGAAUAAUAAGACGUCGAAGCUUUCGGGUUUACCCGUUGACAAGAGUUUCAAAUUUCAAUUGAGAUUAGACACCACUGCUGGUAUCUUUUGGAGUAAUGAAGUUGAAGUCAAUACUCACAAAAUGACUGAUUUGUCUGGUAUAACCGUAUGUCUCGGUGAUUUUAGUCCUAAUGAUCCAUUUACUGAAGAGGAUAUUGAGGAUACUUUGGUAAAGAUUGGUGCUAAACAUCCAGCACAACAUCAAGUUAAAGUUGACACAACUCAUUUCUUGUGUACCAGAGAGAAUAAGCAAAACUCAGAAUAUGUGAAAGCGAAUGAAAUGAAUAUUCCGAUAAUUAGACCAGAAUGGAUCAAAGCUUGUGAACGUGAGAGAAGAAUUGUUGGUGUUCGUGAUUUUUACAUCAAAGAUUGUGUUUUGCCUGACUUGUUUGCCAAGAACUAUUGGGGAGAUAUCCACCAUGGGUCGAAGAACAAUGUAUCAAGUGAAGCCCACAAGACACAGUCGGGUGCAACAGAUGAUUCAACAUCCACAGCUCCUGCUACUGUUUCCCCAGAGGCGACUUUGCAUGACAAUCUUCAACCCACCGAGGCUAGCAACUCAGACUUGCCACCACUACCAGAUAAAGAGGAAAAGGAGGAAAGUCUGGAUACUGUAAGGGUUGCUGGACAGGCGUCCACAACUGAAGAAGACACUGAACCACUUGAAAAACAAGAGACCAAUUCAACAAAGCUUGAAGUGGAGGAUACGGAGAUUUCAACUGCUGUUCCCAACUCUGCGCAAGAAAUAAAUGAAACUCUUGAACAUGCCAACGAAGGGGGCAACUCCAGCAAAGGUGGUUCUGAUCCCAAUGACAUACAAGUGACCGAUACAGCUUCAUCCGAGGCUUUGAAAGAGGGCAUUGAUGAUGCUUUUGAUGCAUUAUCAGUAAAUGACGACAACAUGGUUGAAGUCGAGACAAAAGUGUCUGAUCAUCCUGUUGAAGUUGACAAUUCCGGCUCGUCUGAGCAACCAGCAGAACCUCGCACAAACGAUGAAACUACUGAAGCUGAAAAGUUGAAGAAGGAUGAAGAAAAGAAAGAAAAUGAGGAAGAAAAGAAGGAAGGUGAGGCUGAGAAUGCUAUCAAAGAGGAAAAGUUUGAACAAAAGGAAGAAAAACAGGAAUUGAAAAAUGAGAGAGAACACGCGAAGAAGGAAGCUGACGAAGAAAGAGAAAAUGAAAGAGAUGAAAAGAAGGAUGAGGAGCAGGUUGAUGAUGCGAACGAAGAAGCUAACGACGAUUCAUCUUCGAAGGAGAAUUCACCGGCUCCAACCGGUAACGGAGGAAAGAAGAAAAAGAAAAAGAAUAAGAAAAAGUAG